CUUAUUACCCCUAGCCCCGUAAGAUAAGAGAUAAAGAGCGAUAUGGGUUAGAUACAAGGUCAUGGCGCAAUGUGCUAGUACCUCUUGAGACUUGGACGUGAGCUGUGGCGUCGUGUGACCAAGGGUCGUUGUGGCAAAGCCGAGGACUUGACUAAUAUUGUGGUGAAUGUAGGUAGUGUUCGAAUCAGUAGCUGAAUGCUUUAGAAGUGAAAAAACGAUGAAAGACGAAGAGCAGUGUUAAAAUUUAUUGAUACGUUCGUUCGGCAGACAUGCGUGACGGUUAUCCAUAUCGCGAGAAUAAGAUAAAGAUGUUAACUAUAAACAGAUCUCUUUACAAGUAGCAGUUCGCCGAAACGACAGAUAGAUAUAAAAAACUAAUAACCUAUAGCUUCCACCUGCUAGUUGGCUACAGAAUACCCUGCGCGGCAAUACCAUGGCAACCAACAUCGACGAACUAGUUAAAGAGGCGGAGGAGACGGACUUCGUACUCGACACCCAGGACGAACUCCUCACACUGAUAGAGACGCUCAGAGACUUCGAAAAAGAGGCUGAAAAAAGGCUGAAGGACAUCAAAACGACGCAUUGCGAUAAAAAUGAGACAAAGGAAGCCAAGAACGAGGAGGGAGAUGAAGAAGAAUCCCGUGAAGCAGGUCUCAACGGCGGCGACAGUGCGGCAGAGUUGACGCUGGAGCAAGUGCGGCGGGAGUUGAUGUCCCUGGAAAGCGAGGGACACGAAGAUGGCAACAAACAGAGCACAAAAGAAAGAAACGUUGCAGUCACGACAAAUCAACAAAAUAAAGAGAACGUUUCCCCUAAGCCAAAGGACACAGGAGUAUCCAUCGAAAGCAAUGACAAAAGUAACCGUCAACGACCAAACGUUAAGUUCGACAUGGAUGCUUUCAACGACGAGCUCGCUAAUCUCCUCGCUAUAAGUGGCAAAGCUGUAGAACCUCAGCAGGCCUGGAGAGCCAUAAGACGCGACGCGCCCAAAGACGUCCCCACCACGCCCCCUUCCACCCCUUCGCACACAGACCGCCCUCUCCCCGGCCAGACGCAAGAACCUGCGCCUCCUUCGUCCCAGCCGAUGGCUCCUCCGUCUCAGGCACCUCCGAGGUCCAAGCUGCCACCUCCAAAGCCUCCGAGGACCUUCCUGGCCACCAGUGACUACCUGAAGACGCAGCCGAUGCCGCUCUCCAAGUCUACGAGCGACUUGGAACAACCCGGGACGUCCUCCAGCCCUCAUACCCCGAGAGGGGAAGACCUCACAGCAUCGCCCAUGGCCGGAGAGGACUCCGACUCCGACCACAGGACGAAGACCAACGGGAAAAAGGAAAAUAUUUUUUUCCCUUCGCUAAUGGGCAAGAAAGUGAAAGAAAAGAUUACAACAAUCGGACGAAAAAAGCCCAAAAGAUCGAAGAGCCUUAUAAGCGAUCCUAUGGACUUCAGGAUCCUGUAUAAUGGGAUGCUGCCUAAUCAUCGUGAUAAUGAUAGAGAUCAACAGAUCAGUGCUACAGAUCCUAAUGACAGUCCCGAGGAAGAUCCCCGAGAAGACAAAAUUAAGGCGUAAAAAUUAACAAAUAAAGAAAAUGACAAUGAGAAAAAAAAUAGAUCACUUGCUUGGGAUUCGUUAAUACACAUACA